UGAUUUUGUUCCCUGUUGAACACAAGAUAAGAUAUUUUGAAAAAUGUUGUAAACCUUUAACUAUAGUAGGAAAAACUAUAGUAGGAAAAACUGCUAUGUAGGUCAUUGGUUACUGGUUUUCAACUGAAGAAAAAAUCUCGAACAGGUUUGUGACAAUUAAAGGUUGAGUGAAUGAUGACAGAAUUAAAAUUUUAGGGUGAACUAACCUUUUAAGGUAUUGAAGUGAAUACAGCAAUAUUAUGUACCAUAACUGUAUUUCUAAGACCUCGGUUAAUGAUUGUGAAGUAUUUUUAAUGAUUGAUUUCUUCCUAUUUGUUUUUUAUGUUUGCACUUUCUUAACUAAGACUACUUAAUACUUUGACUUUAAAUAAAUUAAUAUAACAUUAAUAUUGUGUGUUUGUUUUGCUAAUAUGCUUGCAAUUUUUUUCCACAAGAGGGCAGCAAAUAACAAAUCAAUAUGCAAUUGGCAACGCUCAUAUUUCUAGGUCAGGAGAGGCUGGACUUGUGUUAGUUCAAGGGUACAAAUUUGUCACACCUUCAGGUAGAUCCUGUUUUACUGCACUUUUGUUCUGACUUUCAUGCAAACAGGCAAGAACUGAAAUGAAAAAUAAAACCAAAUGUGGUUUAUAGUAGUUGUGUAUUAAACAUUUGAAUGUUUUCAGCUGUUGAGAAGACUGAGAAGCCAAAAUGAGACUUCAAGAUCGCAUGUGUGUUCUCACAACAAUGCUGAUCCUAUUAAUAUUGUGUUUCUCCAUCAACAUUUCAAAACUCAAAGAAGCUGCAACACGAUCGUGUAACAUGCUUUUGGAUCACAUGACAGCAUAUGAAUUUAUUGGUGUUGAGACGGACUGCGACAUUCCGGGUUUGUUUAAGCCUCACAUGGGUUGCUGUCCACAUAAACAGUGUCCUGUCAACCACUUCCCCUUUCAUCUUCAUAGUGGUGUAGCCGAUGUGGUGGCUGCAAAGAUUUGUUUUAAUAACACAGUCAUCAUGGGUGGCAUCAGAAAUAAUGCAGGACAAGGACUGAACAUUGUGUUUGCAAAUGGUCAAACUGGCGAGGUUUUAAGAAAUAAUUACUUUAAUAUGGAAUCUACAGAUCCUAAGAAAUUACUGGCCUUUCUAAAAACACUAAAGCCAGGAAAUAUACUUCUUGUGGCUUCACACAUGGACCCUACACCAAAGCUGACUGAUGAGAUUAAAGAUGCAUUUACUGCACUGGGCAGCACGAUGGUCAAAUCACUGAAGGAAAGGGACAACUGGCUGUUUGCAAGCACUUAUGGAGAAACUAAAGCCAGUCGUUUCGAAAAAUUAAUUCAAAAUGAUAUGACGAGGAACGCUUAUGGAGAUUGGCCAGAGAUGGGGGAAAUCAUUGGCUGUUUUCCCAGGAUAACUGAGACUGAAUGACUAAACUUCAGAUCACCACGUUUGGGACAUUUCAGAAAUGGGACACCAACAACACAGAGUCUUGUGUGCUCUGUUCCCUCCCUAAGCAAAUAAAAUGGAAGGAACUUUUUACUCUAUCACAAAUAAGGAACAUAUAAAGGGAAACUAAAUUAGCAUCUUUCUGCUGCUUGUUUCCAAACAUUUAAAGAGUCAAAAGAUAGAUAAUCAAAGGAUAAUAACAGAGCCAGUUCUUUUCUCAAACUGAAUUUACUUCUACAGUAUAUGAAGGCAACAAUGACCAUGUUUACAUGCAAACCAAUAUGCAGAUGUAACUUAUAAAAAUCUGCUCAUUGAAUUAACCUGUUGUUGGUAAACCAUGUUCACAAGACUUUUGUUAUUAAACCAGUUUAUUUCCUAGUGACGUCCAAAUAUAAGAAUUUGCAUAUUUAACUUAGUGAACAAAAGUCUUUUGAAUUAAUAACAUAAUUUUCCUAUUUGGAUGAACUAACUCUUUAAAACCAUAUUGAAACAUGACAGCAGUAAACUUAGGGCCGUUAUAUUCUCAAGAUGCUUUAUUUUGACAGUAGCAAUUUACUUUUAAUGUAUGAGAACACAUUUUUACAAGUAUUUAGCUCAAAGCAUCUGAGUUAGCAGUUAAUUUUCUCCUCUUGCAAAAUGUUUGGUCUGCCUGGAUGAGCUUGAAUACACAAAAUUCCCCUAAGAGUCAUGUAAAAAUGUUGUUUGUUUAUGCUUUACCUUGCUCCAGUAAAGAAAACCACAUUAACAAGA